CUUGCAUGCAGCCCUAGCAGCAGCUCAAACCAAAAAUAUUAAAAAUGUUUAAAUUAACAAGGAUACUUGCUAGAAAUGUCACUGUGGCCAAUUUGACGGGCACUCGAAGCAUGCGCCCACGUUUGUAUGCCAAUGCUGCUGCCUUGAAUGAGGAGGAACAAACGUCGACGGCACCAAACCCGGACGAACCGAUUGACAUAGCAAAUCCCUAUGAAAAGGAUCGUCAGCUGUGCAUAUUGUGCAAGCACAACGUAACACCGCACUACAAGAACGUGAAGCUACUGUCACAGUUCCAGUCACCCUAUACGGGUCGCAUUUACGGCCGCCACAUAACCGGGUUAUGCAAGCGAAAACAGGAGGAUGUCGAGAAGGCCAUAUUACGCGCCCAGCACUGUCUAAUGAUGCCUGGAUACCACAAGGACUUGGACUUCCUGCAUGAUCCCAAGCUAUUCGACCCGGAGAAGCCUGUGCGGCCACAUAAAUAUUAGACACAUGAUUUACAUUUUGUUUGGUUUGCCGUUUCUUUUUGAACGCAGCGAAAUACAUCUUACAAUUAGCAGUAA